AUGGCGCGUAUAUCACUAUUCAUGCUGCUGGUCAGCACCAUUCUUCAACCUACGUUGGCUGUGUACCAGUUGAUCCAAGACUACUCCGGAGAUGCCUUCUGGCAAGGCUUCGACUUCUUCACCGACCCGGAUCCGACAGAUGGCCUCGUACAGUUCCAAUCUCUGGAGAAGGCAAACGCAACAGGCAUUGCAGGGUUUAUAGAAGGAGGGAAUGCAUCUUACGCCAUCUACAUGGGCGUGGACACUGAAAAUGUCGCUCCGCAGGGCCGAGCCAGUGUGCGCGUCUCAUCCACACAAUCUUUCCAACAUGCUUUGGUGAUUGCCGACAUUGUUCACAUGCCCGGUGGCGUCUGUGGCACCUGGCCUGCAUUUUGGAUGGUGGGCGCAGACUGGCCGAACGAUGGAGAGAUCGACAUCGUCGAGGGAGUCAAUGAUCAACCCACGAACUCUAUGACUUUACAUACUGGACAAGGCGCAGUGGUCAGCAACGGUACCGACUUCUCUGGUGAGCUCAUCACAUCGAACUGCGAUGUCAAUGCCCCUAAUCAACCAGCAAAUUCGGGUUGUUCCAUCGGCGACAUAUCCAAUUUGACCUUUGGACCUGAAUUUAACGAGGCUGGGGGAGGUGUCUUCGCGACCGAAUGGACGGCGGAUUUCAUCAAAAUAUGGUUCUUUCCACGUGGCUCCUUCCCAGACGACAUUGUCAGCAGUAAUCCGGUCCCAUCGGAAAACUGGGGUACUCCAAACUCGCUGUUUCAGGGAUCAUUCAAUCUCGACGAUCAUUUCAAGAACCUCUCGAUCAUAUUCGACACGACCUUUUGUGGGCAGUGGGCUGGUGCCGUUUGGAACACCAGUUCUUGCGCUUCUCUGGCACCGACAUGCGAAGACUAUGUGGCGAAUAAUCCCGCAGACUUUGCCGAUGCUUACUGGGUGAUCAACACCUUGCAGGUAUUUCAAGACGAUGGUUCUGAGGGCGCCAAUAACAUGACGUCGACGAAUCUGCCAAUGGCAAAACGCGGAGCUGCUGGAGCGGAGUACCAGCGCGUUCAAAAGCUUCAAUCGGAAACUGGGAAAAGAGUGCUCCCCGUCUAUUCAUGA